AGCUCUUCAGUCAAGAAGUACAAGCAACCCAAAAACCAGCAAAAUGUUCAAACUGAUUGCCCUCAUCUCUGCCCUCUGCGCCGUGGCCAACGCUGGAGUGAUCUCGCCCUACAGCCAUGGCUAUGGAUUGGGAUAUGGUGCCGCUCUGGCUCCGGCUUAUGCCGCUCCUGCCGUGAUCUCCCACGCUCCGAUCAUCAAGAGCUACGCUGCCCCCAUUGUUGCCCACCCAGUGGCCACUUCCUAUGCCAACACCUACAAGGUGGCCACCAAGGCCUACCCUGUGGUCCAUGCUGCUCCUCUGGUGCACGCCGCUCCUCUGGUCCAUGCCGUCCCUGCCGUGCACUCCACCUCCACCUACCACGGAUCCUAUGGCGGUUACGGUAGCUACGGUCUGGGAUACUCCGGCUACGGACACGGAGCUUACCUGCACUAAGGAUCUAAUACUGAAGAUCGAUCCUAGCCCCCGUUGACGACCCCAUUUAAGUGAGAUAAUCCAGCGGAUAAUUCGCAUUUUGCUGCCGUCAAAGUGUUGAAUUUGCAUUUCGUAGUCAGAGGCAGAAAUUAUCGGGUCAAUCCCCAAAUUGUGUACAAAAACCCUCAAACAUCCAGAUAAAAACUUAGAGACAGAGACACUUAGAGAUGUAAGGACCACUAACGGGAGGCGGCGAGAGCGAGAGAUUGAAGGAAGGAUCAAGUUUCGUUGAUUUUGUUAAAAUGGUGCAACUCCAUGCAUUGUGGCUUCAACACUUUCUGUAAAUAAACGAUAAAUGACUCUAAAAACAAA